AGAGCUGCUGCAGUGAUGGCUGCCUGUGCUGGUACUCAGGCUGAGCCACAGCAGUGGAGGAUCCUGUAUCUUUGCCAGAUGCAGGGAGCUCCAGAGGUGCCAAACAAAAUGAAAUCCAUAUGGUCUUCAGGCCGGGGCCUGUAGGCCACUAGGUUUUGUUUGUGUGUCUACUUACUUGGAGCUUCCCUGUGCCAUUACUGCUGCGUUGGUCUCAGCUGCCAUCAACUCUUGAAAGGUGAGGGCUGGGUAGGUAUUUACUGGCAUUUAAAAGAUGGAACUGGAGAUGCAUGGGAGAGGAGGUGUUAGAGAUUAAGGAGCCAUUAAUUUGAUGAAACAUAGGAUGACUUUGAGGUUGGGAGCCAGAGACCUGGUCCUUCUAGAGACAUUGUUCAGUCCCCUGACCUUUGUGGGAUGCUGGGUGGUGGCUUAGCACUGGUGUAGACAGACCUGUGAUGAGAUGUUGCACAGCAUGAGUGCAUUGAGUCAAUAUCCUCAGUGCUCAUCCUGCUCUGCUCUGCUCUUGGUAGACUUUAAGGUGCUUCCCAGAGAUCUCUGCAAGACUGUCACAGAGAGGAAUGAAGGAUAUGUACAGGAGGUGGGAGUGGGGACAAGAGCGAGUCCCCAGCAGCUGGGCCUGCCCACGCUCUCGCACAGCCAUGCAGGCAUUUUGGCCAAAGCAGUCGUGUCCUGACUCCUCCCCAGGUGGUUUUGGGAUGGGAAGAUUCUGUUAAUGCUGUGCCUAGUCUGCAGCUCCGGUGUUAGCAGAUUGAGUUGUCUUGAGCUGACUCAGAUGAUUCAAGAUUGGGAUUUGUUCAGCUCUUUUGGAAGGGCUGUGGCUUUUUUGUGCAAACAGAUUUCCAGCUGGAGACGUCGAAUUUUCUGUCUCCUGUCCAGUUCCCACUCCAGCUGUCUUAUGUGAGUGUUAUCCUGUGGGGUGCAGUGCAUCCUUCUAAGUAGCUGUGCAUCCCGCUGCAGGGGCGUGCAUUCCAGCAGGUGUCUGCCUGCCCUCUGCCAACCCUCACCUGCUUCCUGCCCAACCUGUUUGGGGCACUUUGCCUCCCAGGGGAGCCACCCUUUGAAAUAACAAAGCAGCAGGUGCCUCUGGCUUGGAGAAACAUUAACGAAAGGAGGUGUUGAGGCUUGAGAGGGAUGGCCCAGCCAGCGCUUGGCUGCUCUUACCAGGUGCCUGUGAGGAAGGCUGGUGGCAGCAGGAACCGUGGCUGCGUGGCUGAUGUAGGGGGGUGAUGCCAGGAAGAUGAUGGAUUUCUUACGGGGCCUGUCGGCAGAAUUCUUCGAAAUGCUGGAAAAAAUGCAGGCACCAAAACUUGAAGAACAGAGGACUGGAAGCCAAAAACAUAAGGAAGACUACAUCCCGUACCCCAGCAUCGAUGAGAUCCUAGAGAAGGGCAGCCCAUACCCACUGAUCAUCCUGCCCCAGUUUGGAGGAUAUUGGAUUGAAGAUCCGGAAAACCUCAGCACACCCACCUCAUCCGACAGCAGCAUCUGUGAGGAGGAGGAGGAGGAGAACCUCAGCCCCAGCACUUAUGGCUACAAGCUGGAGUGCAAAGGGGAGGCCAGAGCCUAUAGGAAGCAUUUCCUGGGGAAGGAUCAUUUAAAUUUUUAUUGUACAGCCAGCAGCCUAGGAAAUCUGAUCCUUUCUAUUAAGUGUGAGGAGGCAGAUGGCACUGAAUAUUUAAGGAUUAUACUCAGGUCCAAAGUGAAGACACUGCAUGAAAGGAUCCCCCUGGCAGGAUUUAGCAAACUCCCUAGUAUCCCCCAGAUUGCUAAGGCCUUCUGUGAUGAUGCCUCUGGCCUGAAGUUUAACCCGGUUCUGUAUCCCAAGGCAUCCCAGAUGAUAGUGGCUUAUGAUGAACACGAGGUCAACAACACGUUCAAGUUUGGUGUGAUCUAUCAGAAGUUCAGGCAGACCCAAGAGGAGGAGUUGUUUGGGAAUAAUGAAGAGAGCAUUGCCUUCAAGAACUUCUUAAAUUUUCUAGGAGACACUAUAACACUCCAGGACUUCAAAGGCUUUCGAGGAGGCCUGGAUGUCAGCCACGGGCAGACUGGAGCAGAGUCUGUGUACACAGUGUUCAGGGACAGGGAGAUAAUGUUUCACGUCUCUACAAAGCUGCCUUUUACCGAAGGAGACAUGCAACAACUCCAGAGGAAGAGACACAUUGGCAAUGACAUUGUGGCAAUUAUCUUCCAAGAAGAGAACACGCCAUUUGUCCCAGACAUGAUCGCCUCCAACUUCUUGCAUGCCUACAUUGUUGUGCAGGUGGAAAACCCUGAGGCGGACAACACGACAUACAAGGUCUCUGUCACAGCCCGGGAAGAUGUCCCUUCUUUUGGCCCACCCCUGCCGAGCCCGCCAGUAUUCCAGAAAAGCCCCGAAUUCCGGGAGUUCCUGCUGACCAAGCUCAUCAACGCUGAGAACGCCUGCUGCAAGUCUGACAAGUUUGCGAAGCUGGAGGACCGGACACGGGCUGCUUUGUUGGACAACCUUCACGACGAGCUCCAUGGGCACACACAGACCAUGCUGGGACUGGGGCCCGAGGAGGAUAAGCUGGAGAACGGGGGUCACGGAGGCUUUCUGGAGUCUUUCAAGAGAGCCAUCCGGGUGCGCAGCCAUUCCAUGGAGACAAUGGUGGGCAGCCAGAAGAAGCACCAUGGUGGUGGCAUCCCAGGCAGCCUCAGUGGAGGCAUUGCGCACAACAGCGGCGAGGUGACUAAGACCACCUUCUCGCCCCCCAUACCAGCAGCUGCUGCAAAGAACCAGUCCAGGAGCCCCAUCAAGCGCCGGUCAGGACUGUUCCCUCGCCUGCACACAGGGUCUGAGAGCCAGGCAGAGAGCAGGACAAGGUGUGACAGUAUUUCUGGAGCCCAGAAGACACCAGAUUUGGGGCAUUCUUCUCAAGAGAUGAAGUCUGAAACGUUGUCCAACCCCAGCUCUCCUGAAAUAUGCCCCAACAAAGACAGGCCAUUUAUUAAGCUGAAAGAGAAUGGAAGGUCAAACAUCUCCCGUUCCUCCUCAAGCACCAGCAGCUUCAGCAGCACAGCAGGGGAAAGUGAGACACUGGAGGAGUACGACAGCAUGGGAAGCCAGCCAUCUACAGCAUCACCGUUCAAGCAGGAUGUCUUUGUCUACAGCGCCUCGCCUGGCAGUGAGAGCCCAAGUGUAGGGACUGUGGCCACUCCGGUCAUCAUGAGCAGAAGCCCCACAGCAGAUAUAAAGAACAGAAACUCUCCAAGGUCAAACCUGAAGUUUCGCUUCGAUAAGCUCAGCCAUGGCAGCUCCAGCAUGAGCCACUAGCAGGAAGAAGAAGUAGUUGGAAACUGGUAAAAGAGAAUUUUUGUUUAAACAAAGAGAAAACUCUUCAACAUCCUGUGGGAAAAUGCACACCCAGGCCAUGGGCAGCCGGGUGCCCUCACCUCUCAGCUGCACCAGGAAGAAGCUCUCACCUUGCCAUCAUCUCUGCCCGAACAGGGACCCAGCCACCUUCCCACUGGGUGAACCCCUUGCCAGCAAACGCCCCUGUGCCCCGAUCCCCUCCCUCUGCACCGCAGGAGGAGAUCAUCUCCAACCACAUCAUGUCCCCCUCCAUGGUGCAGUGUCGCCUUUGAGCACCACUGUGUGCUGCAGCAGGUGGGUGCCGGGUGGGCACCAUCUGUCCCCGCUCCCAGCUUGCUGGCUGGCUCCUCUUGGGCAGAGGGCGACAGGAUAUACAGCCAUGUGGUUUGGGUGCCUCCAUGCUUUAUUUGCAGCAACCUAUAGGAGGGGUUUUGUGUUUGUUUUAUGGAAGGGUGGUUGGUAGGGCAAAAUUGGGUGUUUGCUUGGCUCCAGGGCAGUUGCCCCUCCCCAUUGUUUGCCAUUUGGGCAAUAUUUCCUCCACAGUGCUGCGGGGUGGUGGGGUCUGUAGCUGCUCACCAGCUGACCUCCUCCUGCCACCCCCUCCAGCUCACUACCCGUGUCACAAAACUUUUAAGGCCGAUGCAGUCUCUUACUCUGUGCUCACAUGGCUUCUGGCACAAGAAGAGGGCAUCCAAACCGGUACCAGGGAGCAGAGCUGGUGACUGGGACUGACUGAUCCUCUCUUCGCACCUUGGGAGAUGGUUUAUACAGUCUCCCUGCUUUUCCCCUGGCUGAAAUUCUGAACACAGGCCUAGAAAAGAUUAACCAAAGCUAAAGUGUAGUAUAUCUCGAUACCGGAACUGGUACUUAGAGUGAAUUUACCCUGUGGGCUCUGCUUUACCCAAUGCAUUGGACUGCCAGGCAAGCGAAUGCCUUGAAUGCUCCAGUGAUGUGGAUGACAUUAGGCUGCUCCACCCCUUGCAGAAUCUGUCCCUCUGCUUUUGAAUGUGCUUUUGGUUCUUUUUUGAAAGAUGAGGAUUAUGAAUUCUGCAGGGUGACUUCCCUAUAAUGCCCUUUCCCCAAAAAUACCUCUCUCAACAUGCAAGAAAUCCUUUUGCUCUUUUAUGGAACUUUGUCUAAAGUUUAUUGACGUCUGUCCAUAAAUUUCACACUGAUUAUUGAUUUCCCAUAUUGUUUUUUGAAGGAUACACUGCAAUGCUGCAGAGAUGCUCCCUCCCCCUUACCGCAAUCUGUGACCUUUCCAAAACCCCCUGUAAAAUAAGGUUCUGAAUCUCAAGGGAAAGCCGUUCUUUGAGUUCGUGAUUCCUAAUGAAAACAGAACUUUUGAGUGCCAAAGUUAACUGCACAGUUGGAGCUCUGAGGGGCACAAAAGUAUCUGACAGUGAAUUUUAGGAGACACGUGCAGAACUGCACACCCAGAAGCAGCCCCUGGGCAGCUGCCGUGGAGACAAUUCCCAGGGCCACUUUCCUGCGGCUGCUCCCCAGGGAUGCACCUCUCUGGGGGCAGAAGUGCUUGCAAAAGCAAACAAUCACCCCGUCUCCUCCCUAUCACCUCCCCUGGACCAGAGUCAAGCCAAGCCAAUCCAAACUGAAGCAGCUCUGCAUGGUACUGACACGACGACUAUUUGCUUCAUGUGGAUGGUCCCACUUGUGUAUGUAACAUCCAUUUGAAAAGGCAAGGCUGUAGCCCUAUUGGGAGAGGAACCAGAUUAAAGGAGGAAAACAAAUUGUAGAAAAGGCAGAGAACAGUUUCACAGGCACUACGUGCACUCUGUAGGAGUAGGAAAUACAAGUAACUACCAGUGGGGACCCUCCCUUCUGCUUUCAGUGAGUUACACUUAAAUAUAGUUUAAAUCUUGAGGUUUUCUUUGAAGGAGGAGAAGCGCAGUGUGCAUAGCCCAGUCUGGUGCAUAGGUAGCUCUAGGUUCCACCUACUUUGCUGCUCAGCAAUUCUGUCCAAUGAUGCUUCAGUAUCACCUUCAAACCCACCCCCAGUUGUUCUUAAAAGCUUUAUAUCUGGUUUUCUUAUGCCACACCAUGAAAUACUGAUGGGGUAAUGACUUGCUCUGAGAAUCUGUUCUUGGUUUGGCUUUCUUUUCUUGAGAAGUUGCUUGAUUCUGUAGAUGUUGUAAUUUGCAGGAGUGUUGAUCUCCGUGAGAUCUUUCAGCAGAAGAUGCAGUGGCUGUUGUCAGCUGGGGUUUUCAUUUCUGUGUUUGAUUAUUUUUUUUUUUCAUUUGAAACUGUGACUUUCCUUUUAGAUUGACUUGUACAGUUAUUCUUAUGGGAUUAACAGGCAGACAGGACAGUGUGAAGCUUCAAGGAGAGAGAUGCAGUGUAUUAGAACUGUUUCCCUGCACCAGCCUGCUGGAAUGGCAAUGGGUCCCAGAGCUGAGGUCUGGUGCAAGGUUUGCCAGCGGCUCCUCUAUGCUUUGGGACAUUUUCAAGCACUCCUGGUUGUAAAAAAAUACUGCACCACCCUUAUAGAAGCUGGGCUGUUAAAGCUCCUGUGCUAGCCAGCCUCUAGGGGGGUUUGCCUGCCUGCCCUGCCUUGUGUGCGAGCUGUGCUCCUUUCAGCCCUGAGUUCUGUGGCAGCGGCGCCAGGGAUGGAGCAGCGGUUGUGUUAAACUUUGGAGGCAUUGGCAUGUCCAAUGGUGGAUGAAGGUGUUUCUGUAUAUAUACUGCAAAAUGGUUUGUGCUUAUAAGUGACAAACACACAUAUACAUAUAAAAAACAGAUUUAAAUAGAUUAUAUAUAAAAAACUAAAAGAAAAGAUCCUUAACUGACACUAAAAUUACUAGGCAGUGCAUUUUCCUUUCUGAUCCAUUUCCAUGCACAUAACUUCUACCAGAUUUGGAAGUGACUUUGCACAGGGAGCAGAAAGGGCUUCAAAAGGUGGCUCAGGGAAGCUCGGGGGAGACCCCGGCUGCAUCAGGAGGUUUCUUAUCUCCUCUCAGGGAGCUGGCUCCCUUUCUUGUCAGGGUUUUGGUCCCCCACUUCUUCCUGCUGCACCCUGGCUGUUGCCAGGCUUGGACCAGUUCAUCACCUUGAUCAGAGGGAGAGGCAGCUCAGGUGCAGAUCCAGCUCCCCAUCGCUGGUGCUGCAGGCUCUGAGCCUGCACAGCAGAGGAAGGAGGAAACCCUGCUCCUCUCUGUCAACAUCUCCUACAUUGCCAGUGCAGAGACCGGUUUGCAGGUAGGAAGAGCUGGCAGUGAGCUGCUGCUCCAUCUGGGCUUUUAUUCAGAAACGCUCUUAGCAUGUACUUGUAUCUUCUUGAAAUCCCAGAAAGUGAAGCGGAGGAUUACACUUAAGCACAACAUGAAAGUGCAUUAUUUUUUUUUUUUUUUUUUUUUUUUUUCCUGAGCAAAAAGGGAGGAUCCUAAGCACAAACAGUUUCUUUCCAGAGUUUUGAGGGGAUUCAGGAGUGGCAGGUGAGGGGGCCAGGAUAUAUUGCUGGCACAAAUGGGCUUAUUAACUGGAGGUGAGGUUUCUUGGCUGUCUUUGGCUCAACUGCAAGAGGUGCUUAUCACUGACAACUGCUUCUAAAGCCAGUGGUGGGUCAGAGCUCAGCACCUCUGCGGAUCGCACCUUGCACUCAUGUUGCUUUGCUGAUGUUCCAACUUCUGUUCCACUAGAGCUGGCAAAGAGCCUGUCAUUCCCAAGUCCUAAAGCAUGCUUUCAUUAUGUUUUAAUGAAUGUAGCACUGCAUAUAUCCUGCGAAGGAAAAUGCUAGAUUUAUAUCAUUAGAAUGUGAAGAGAGUUUCUAGAGAGAAAAUAAAUCUUGAAGAAAAGGAUCUGACAAAGUUUAUUUUUUAUGUAGAGAGGCAGUGCUUUGUAGUUCCUGGUGGCCUAUGUCAUUGUAAAUAAUGUACAUUUAAUUUAUUGUUAUGGUAGCAGAUUGUAUUUGUUAUGUAUAAAACUAAAGGUUCACAAAUGUAUAUUUUGUUGCUUAACUGUGUCUUUGCAAAAUUCACAAUAAAUAACAUAU